CACGAGAGUUCUCCUUGUUGCACCUCCCCUAACGUUAUGUAUCCCGGCAAGCAGCAGCGCCAUGGGACGCCGCCACGGAUUAGUCCACGCGAGAUGGCGGAACUGGAAGACCAGAUCGUGGCCAGAUUGAAAGGUCAUUUGGACUACCGUUUGGAGGGGCUGAGGGCGUUCAUUGCCGAUGAAGUGGCAACCGCGAAGAAUGAGAUUAUGGAGGCCUUGGAACGGGGCCAAUCACAGCGUCAGUCUCCUCGAACUGCGGCGGCAUACGGAGCGUUGGACGACUAUGCGCUAGCAAGGCGGCCUGAUGAACGCAGGACUCGGGUCUCCAGUCGGCCAGUGCGAAGCCUUGAAGCUGCCGGUUUCUAUGGGAGAGGUCAAGCUGACCUUCUUGAAGAUGGACCUGGGCUGAGGGCACUGCCGAUGGACUUGCCAAGGAAGCCCAGAGAGCGUCCGAAGAUCCCUGUCGUCGAUGAUGAUGAUGGGCCUCAGAGGGUAGCAGCCCCCAUAGUUGCUCCGCGACAGGACAUAUCUGCUCAAACAUCGACACCGUUGAUCAGCGUUGACCAUGAUAGGCAACCUCAUGGGGAGGUUCUCGCUAACGGGAGGCCAAUGCCUGACGUGGAUGAAGUUACUCUACGACCUCCAGAGCGAAUCGUCCAUGGAGUAGUUGCCGUGCAUCACAGUUCAAUGGAGCCGGAGGACGUUCGAGGAUCACGACGUGUUAAGAGCGCCUCCACUGAGAGAAGCUCUGGAUCCACCCGCAGCCCAGGCCUCAACAAGGGGUCACGCUACAUGCGGGUCACCAACGACUUCGUUGCUGAGGAUGUGAUCGAGCUGUCCAUCAAGGCUGGAGACCGAGUGGAGGUGAAUGAAAGUCGUCCGGAUUGGACUAACGUGACCGGAGUGGACGGGCAGGCUGGUUGGGUGCCGACCUCACAUCUCGAGCCGGAUGAUUGAUUCCUAGUGCUGUACUUUGCUCUAUAGUUACGAUGACUUGUCUGUGAUUUCUGU